CUUCCUUUGUUGUUUGUCACAUUCUCUGAUUCACAAAAUAUCGCAUUUUUUUUUAAAUUUUAGCCAAAAGUCUUGGUAGAUGUUCUUAGCACAUAGUAUCAGUUGAUCAGUUGUAUGAUCUUGUUAUUCCAAUGUGACAAGGAUCUCCUACAGAAAACUCAGAUUCUGCAACUAGUGCAACCACACUUCUCAGAACAAAAAUGCCUAGCAAUAAGCAAGAUGGAAGUAAAAUGAACAAGCAAACAGUAACAUACAGUAGUUUAAAAUUUCCUAAAUCUCAACGGACGCAGAGAAUAUCCAGCAACACAGAUGCUGUCAUGUCAAGCAUGGAGCAGGUCCAUUAUGCCGACCUGAAAGUUCACAAAACAUCCAAUCUCCAGGAAAUAAAAUGCCUUACAAGGGGUAAUAAAAGAGAGCCCCAGUCUGCAGCAUGGCCUGUGAUAACCGGUGUCCUGGGCAUCUUAUGCAUGACCUUGCUUGCAACACUGGGUGUUUUGCUUGCAAACUUUUUUCCGAGCAAAGAAGAGCAAAGCAGAGAAAUCGCACUUACUCCUAUCCCAUCUUAUAAAAAUGAUGCCUUCUCCUGUGAUCUGUCUUCAAACAACUGGAUUGGGUUCAGAAAUAGUUACUAUCAUUUUUCUCAGAAAUAUAAAACCUGGCCAGAAAGCCAUGCUGCCUGUGUAGAACUGAAUGCCCAUCUUCUGAUGCUAGACAGCGAAGAAGAGAAGGAAAUAUUAUCACUGCUUCGAAUGAAUGGAUGGAUAGAUCUGAAAUGGGAUGAAACCAGUGGGUGCUGGUUCCAGAAAGAUGGCACGCAAGUCAACGAAAGCGGACUAGUACCUCUGGAAAAGGACGACUAUUGUGGAUAUACGGAAGGAAAACUCAUUUACAGUGAUAACUGCUCAUCCAGAAAAAGCUAUGUAUGUGAGUGUAACAUACUCAUCUAGUAGCCUCUAUUGGAUCAAAUAUAUUAAGGAAAACAAUAAUAUAGAUAGUCACCCACUGACUUUUAUCUAAACAGUGUAAAUGGAAAGAGAGUG